AGCUGGGUGGGCUCCAGAAACCAGAAGCCACUACCUCCAGAAGCAGAAGUCCUAUCAUGCCAGAGCCACCAGCAGCAACAACACCAUCUGCAAGAGAGCAUUUACUUCCUCCCCAUCUCGAAUCUCUAGCAAUAGUGGACUGUGCUGGCAUGUUGGGUGGGACUCUCCGUCUGCCUGCGCCCCUCAAGCGACUGUGCAUUAUUGGCAACAGUGGGUUGACAUCGCUGGAGUUUCUAUCGGGAGAGCACCCCACAUCGCUGGAAUUCCUUGAUCUCGAAAACUGCAGUACCCUGGCAUUCCUGCCGAAUGAGCCGCAAGUAUACAGGUCUCUCUGGUAUCUUGAAAUUAGAAUCUGCCCUGCUAUAAAGAAGCUCCUUAGAUGCCUGCAGCAGCAGCUGGGCAGCAUCAAACAGAAACGACUAGAUGCCUGCUAUGAAGCAACGGAAUUCAAAUCAUUUAAACCGAAGACAUGGAAGGAAGUACCAAGGCUAGCCCGUGAGCGGAGGCAGGCCUGCCGGAGCUGAAGCUCAUUCAGCUUUUAUUCCACGGAAAAUCUCAAGAUGUCAGGAAGCUCCAGCUGUUCACAAUAGGAGAAUAUCAUUGCAUCCUGUUAAAUAAAGUAGGAGAAGAGGGCGGAAACCACAUGUAAACGGCAUUAUAUGCAUUCUGUUUGCGUCAAAUAAUAUAAUGUGCCACUAGGUUACUAAUGCCAUGAUUGUAGUGAACCGACUAUGCUGAACUUGGACUUGUACGUUGUUCUGAUAUUUGUAAUACGGAUGAAUUAUGUUCCUGAAUAUCUCCCAGGUUAUAUUAUAUGACUCUGAGCAUGAAGACGUACUUGUGGGUUA